AUGAGUGAAGCAAAUAGCCCUUUUGAAUUAUUAAAAGAAGAAAUGGAAUCCGAUGAAAUUUAUAUUAGAGUAAAUGCAAUCCAUAGACUAAGAAUUGUAGCCACUUUAAUGGGGCCUGAACUAGUAAAAUCAACAUUACUUCCAUAUAUAGAUAAUUUAAUUAAAAAAGAAGAAGACGAAGUACUUUUUGCAAUUGCUUAAGAAAUUGAAAAUUUAUCGUAAUUCAUGUAAGGAAAUUAAACUACAUUAUUACCUAAUUUAGAACUUUUAGCAAGUUCAGAAGAAACUGUUGUAAGAGAUAUGGCAGUCAAAACAUUAGUAAAUAUAGCAAAUUAACUAGGAGAAUAUGAAAUUUAAAAUUUUUAUGUACCUCUUAUUCUUCGCUUAGCUACUAAUGAUACUAAUUUUACAUGUAGGGUUUCGGCAGUAAAUCUUAUGUGUAAUAUUUAUACUCGUUCAGGAUAACAUAAAGAAAAAAUAAGAAAUAAAUUUAUUGAACUUUGUGGAGAAGAAACACCAAUGGUAAGACGUGCAAUUGCUUAAAAAAUUGGAGAAUUAGCUAUUGUUAUAGAAAAAGAAUAUGUAUUAAACUAAUUAAUAUAGAGUGUAAAAUAAUUAAUUUCAGAUGAACAAGAUUUAGUAAGAGUUUUAGUAUUAAAUUCUUUAAAAUUAAUUGCAAAAGUAUUAAAAAAAGAUGAAAAUAAAUAACAUACACUACCAAUAAUAAUUGCGGCAACUGAAGAUAAAUCUUGGAGAGUUCGUUUAUCAUUAUCAAAAUCAUUUUCAGAAAUUGCAGAAGCUUUUGGAGAAGAAGGGGAUAAUGUUUCAUUAAUAUAAAUUUUUACAAACCUCCUUCGAGAUGCUGAAAGUGAUGUGAGAAUUGCCUCGAUUUAAUCUUUAGCAAAAUUUGUAAAAAUUUUAUCUCCUGAAAAGCUUGGCAUUAUAGUUCCUCACCUUUAAUAUUUAGCAAAAGAUUUUGUUCCAUAAGUUCGUUCUGGUGUUACUAAUGUAAUAUCUAUAAUAGUAGGUAUACUUCCAAAAGAACUAACUUCAACAAAAUUACUUUCCUAUAUAAUUGAUUUGUUUGAUGAUGAAUGUAAAGAAGUAAGAUAAGGGGCUACUAAGGCAGCUGCCAAAUUCGCAGAGUGUUUAGGUCCAGAUUCUUUGAAAACUUUAAUUCCUUUUUUUAAAAAAAGUGUUGAAGAUACUAAAUGGAGAGUUAGAAUUGAAGCAUAUGAAGGGUUAGCUAAUAUUGCUAAAUAUUUUCAUGUAUUUAUAUAUAUAUUUCAUUUUUUUUAUAUUUAAAAAAAAAAGAAUAAUGAUAUCUUUUUGAAUAGUAUAGAACCUCUUUUUAUGACUUACAUUAAAGAUAGAGUGUCUGUAGUAAGAGAAAAUACAUCAGAAAAAUUACCUUAACUUAUUCUUACUUAUAAAGAUUGGGCUACUGGUAAACUAUUUAAAUAACUACAAGAUUCUUUAUAUAAAGAAAAUGGAUAUUUGUAAAGAUAAACUAGUCUUUAUGCUUUAAAGAUUUUAGCUAUGAAUAUUUCUCCAGAAGUUGCAAUAGAUAAAAUUGUUCCUAUUUUUAUUAAACAUCUAAGUGAUGGAGUUCCUAAUAUUAGAUUUUCUACUAUAAAAUAUUUUAAAGAAAUUGCAGCAAAGAUUGAAAAUUAAAAUGUUUUGAAUGAUAUUAAAACUAAUAUCAGUAAUUUAAUUAAUGAUUCUGAUAAGGAUGUUAAGUAUUUUGCAUAAGAAUGCCUUAAACAAUUGUGA